AUGUCUGGGGAAGAACACGAGACCGACAGAGCAGAUCUUCUCGGCGACGUACUUCUUGCCGCGACAAACCUCCGCGUUCUAACCAUUCGGAGCAUCCUCCCACGCAUCACUAUGGACUCCUCCUGUCUCAACGCUGCGCUACGCUCCCUGAGUUCACUUCAUGUCCUUCACCUUGAAAAUCAGGUUGAUCAGGCGGUCCUCGAGUCGGGACUCCUCCUUCCGCCUAGCGUCAGGGUGUUCAGCUUCUGCUUCAGUAACUCAUCAUCCCUUGCAUCCCUCCUCCGCGCCAUAUCUCGCCUCCCGCAUCUCCAAGACCUCUCCGUUCUCGGACACGGUUCGACAGAAGACGUCACAUCCCAGCCAACCUUCCCCUCCAUUCGCCGCCUACAAAUCAACGACGCUGAAAUCCCUUGUGCAGACAAGCUCGUCGCCUGCUGCCCGAACCUCGACUCCCUCGACAUCAUCCUCCGCCUCGACCUUACCCCGCAGGCGCACAACGCCGACGACCCGCGCGCGCGCGCGUGGCCCCGCCUGCGCACGCUCAAGGUCCGCGCGGCCGAAGACCUGCCGUACGCCGCGGCGCGCGCCGCCCGCUGCGACGUCCUCAACCUCGCCUCGCUCGAUCUGCGCACGGGGUGCGAGGGCCCGGCGUGGAGGAUCCCGCCGGGCUUCGAGGGCGUGCUCGCGCACGGGGACGAGCCCGAGGAGGGAUUCGACUCCGACGACGAGGAGCUCGGCGCGGCGGCCGACUACUCGGAAGCGAUGUACUCGCUGGUGCGCACGGCGGUGCCCGUGCGCCUCGCGUGCGCGGUGACCGUCGGCGGCGCCGGUUUCGGCGGGGGGACGCUGUGGGCGCGGCUGGCGCGCGAGGGGCCGAGCGUGCGGUCGCUCGUGCUCAGGGUGGAGGAGGAACAGGCGAAGGAAGACUCGAACAGGUGGCAGUGGCUGGGCUGCCAGACGCGCUGGCACCUCUGCCGGUAG